AUGGCCCCUUUGUCUUACUCCAAGACCGCCAAGGUCCCCCGUCGCCCCUUCGAGGCCGCCCGUCUUGACUCCGAGUUGAAGCUCGUCGGAGAGUACGGUCUGCGAAACAAGCGUGAGGUGUGGCGUGUCCAGCUCACCCUCUCCAAGAUUCGUCGUGCUGCCCGUCAGCUUUUGACCCUCGACGAGAAGGACCCCAAGCGACUCUUCGAAGGCAAUGCCCUCAUUCGCCGUCUGGUCCGUAUCGGUGUGCUUGACGAGUCGCGCAUGAAGCUCGAUUACGUCUUGGCCCUGAAGGUCGAGGACUUCAUGGAGCGCCGUCUCCAGACCUGUGUCUACAAGCUCGGUCUCGCCAAGUCGAUCCACCACGCCCGUGUCCUGAUCCGCCAGCGCCACAUCCGAGUCGGCAAGCAGAUCGUCAACGUCCCGUCGUUCAUCGUCCGUCUCGACUCCCAGAAGCACAUUGACUUCUCCCUGACCUCACCGUUUGGUGGCGGCCGCCCCGGUCGUGUCCGAAGAAAGAAGGCCAAGGCUGCCGAGAAGAAGGACGAAGGCGAGGAGGAGGAGGAAGAGGAGUAA